AACUGUAAGAACCGUUUCCUCGUACCAUGAUUGCUUCUCCUUCGAACCCACCGCCGAUCUCCUCCUGAGCUUCAGCUAUGUCGUGCUUGGCGUCUUGCUUUGCGUCUCUGACGUGCGGUCUCUGCACCUCGGUGGCGUCUGGGAUCAGCAGCCGCUCUGCUAGGCUCGGUUAUUGCCUCAUCUUUGGAUUCUCCUUGGUUGUCUCCUGGGUUCUCAGAGAAGUCGCCGCUCCCCUCCUCAAGAAAUUCUCAUGGAUAAAUGAUUCAGAAAGUCAUAGCAAUGAAUGGUAUCAAAUGCAAGCAGUUCUUCGUGUCAGCUUGGGGAACUUCUUGUUUUUUGGACUUCUUGCCCUUAUAAUGAUUGGAGUGAAAGAUCAAAACGAUAGGCGUCACUCAUGUCAUCAUGGUGGAUGGAUUAUAAAAUUCGCUGUUUGGGUUGUGCUCAUCAUCCUCAUGUUUUUCCUCCCAAAUGUUAUUGUAGAUAUUUACGCAAUUAUUUCGAAGUUUGGUGCCGGGUUUUUUCUACUAAUUCAAGUGUUGAUUUUAUUGGAUGCCACGCACUCGUGGAAUGAUGCGUGGGUAGCCAAAGACGAGCAGAAGUGGUACAUUGCUUUACUUGUUGUUUCAGUAGCAUGCUACCUAGCUACAUAUGCGUUUUCGGGCAUUUUGUUUAUUUGGUUCAAUCCUUCCGGGAAUGACUGUGGACUAAACGUCUUCUUCAUCGUUAUGACAAUGAUUCUUGCAUUUGCAUUUGCCGUUAUAGCCUUGCACCCAAAGGUAAAUGGAAGUCUGUUGCCUGCUUCUGUGAUAUCUAUCUAUUGUGCGUAUGUGUGCUAUACCGGUCUCUCUAGUGAACCUCGAGAUUAUGCGUGCAAUGGCCUGCACAAAUCGAAAGCGGUUACUAUCGGUACCCUCGUUCUUGGGAUGCUUACGACAGUUCUCUCGGUUCUGUAUUCUGCUCUUCGUGCUGGGUCUUCGACCGCUUUUAUGUCCCCGCCAUCUUCUCCCAGAUCAGGAGAAAGGAAAUCUCUUCUAGACUCUGACGAGCUGGAGUCUGGUAAAGCCAAGGGAGAACCGGUCAGUUACUCGUACUCGUUCUUCCAUCUGAUAUUCACCUUGGCUAGCAUGUAUUCCGCCAUGCUUCUCGCCGGUUGGACUAGCAGCUCCGAGAGCACGGAGCUUAUAGACGUCGGUUGGACCUCGGUUUGGGUUCGUAUUUGCACUGGGUGGGUCACCGCCGCUCUCUAUCUUUGGUCCCUCGUCGCACCUCUGCUCUUCCCUGAUCGUGAAUUCUUCUGAAUCUUGAUCCUCUGAUGGAUUCAUCGUUCAUCUUGGAUGUUAAUAUGUGUGUGUGUGUGUGUUCCAUUAUAUGUAUCUACAUGUUAUACGGGUUGUACCCAACUAUUGAUUGUUAUAAUCAUGUUUGUAUUGUGUUUCUGACUUGAUAAACACUUGUUUAUCUAAGUAUGGUGAACAUUACUAGUAUUUAGCUUAAAGAAAUUGUGUUGACGUUAUUUGUGA